CGAAUAAAAUUAUACGAUCAGUGGUGAGGGUUCUAGGUAGCUGGAAAUUCUAAGCCGAAUAGGAAAAUCGCAAUCAUAUGUGAUUCAAGAAGAAGAAGAACAUCAACAAAUAUUUGGGUGUAGGGGGCAACACGUGCGCCUCCUUUUUCGACGAUUUAUUGAAUAAAAAACAGCUAAAACAAUGGAAUUAUUCACAGUUAAUCGAUAUACAGAGGAUCUAAGGACUCGCAAAGACAAGGAACAAAAGACAUCAAAUGAAGAUGAAAUUCUGCAAAAACUGCUCCAAAAGGCAGCCAAACGGAAGAGGAAACAUGAGAAAGCUGAGACCAGAAAGCAGGAGGAAGCGCCUCCCGAGGAGAAACCACAAGUGGAGGACACAAAAGUAGACGAAGAAGAGCCGGCGGCAAAAGAGACUCGAAAAGAAGAAGCCACAGCAGUGGAGGAUCCAACUAAUUCACAAGACUUCAAAAUACUUGGCGACACUGACUCUGCCAUGCGCAAGAAAGUGACAGAGGUGCUGCCCCCCUGGCUGGCAUAUCCCACGAUCAUCGAAGGGGGCAGCCUCCUGCCAGACGACGACUUGGAGGCUGGCAAAGACGAAGCUUCCAUCGAGAAUCUAAGCUACCUGAAGGAUCACACACGACAGGCCCUCAAGCAGAUGAAGAUCAAGCGCCUGUUCCCCGUGCAGCGGACCGUCAUACCAUGGAUCCUGGAGGCACAGGGCCAGCCGGCGCCCCUGCGCCCACGGGAUAUUUGUGUGUCGGCUCCCACGGGCAGCGGCAAGACCCUGGCCUUUGCCAUACCCAUUGUCCAGCUGCUGAACAACCGAGUACGUUGCAAGGUGCGCGCUCUGGUGGUGCUGCCAGUGGCCGAGCUGGCGCUGCAGGUCUUCAAGGUGAUUCGUGCGUUGUGCAGCAAAACGGAGCUAGAGGUCUGCCUCCUUUCUAAGCAGCACCGCCUGGAGGACGAGCAGGAGAAGCUGGUGGAGGUCUACAAAGGACAGAUCUACAGCAAGGCUGACAUUGUGGUCACAACACCAGGUCGUCUGGUGGAUCAUCUGCAUGCCACCAAGGGUUUCUGCCUGAAGAGCUUGAAGUUUCUGGUCAUUGACGAGGCGGAUCGCAUCAUGGAUGCCUUCUUCCAGAACUGGCUCUACCAUUUGGACAACCAUGUGCGGGAGACCGCAAAUCAGCUGCUGGCUGGCACACAGCCUCCACUUUGCCUUAAAGAGCUAUAUGCCACUUAUGGGAAGGUGCCCCAUAAGCUAUUAUUCUCUGCAACGAUGUCGCAGGAUCCCGAGAAGCUGCAGAAUCUGAGACUCUUUCAGCCCAAGCUCUUUACCACGGUGUUUGCCCUGCCCGUUCCCAGGAGUGAGGAGCAGGCGGAUGGAGACGAAGAGACCACCCCAAACACUGGACACUUUGCGGGCAAAUACACCACUCCGGCGGAGCUGACAGAGCAAUUCUGUGUGACGGAGCUGCGCAUCAAGCCGCUGACACUGUUUGCUCUCGUGGAGAAGUACCAGUGGAAGCGAUUCCUCUGCUUCACCAACAGCACGGAGACGGCCAAUCGAUUGGCUUUUGUGAUGGGCAAACUCUUCUCCACGGGCCCCACCAAAGUGGCCGAGCUAUCCGGCAAACUGUCUGCCCUAGUGCGAACCAAGACCCUGACGGACUUUGCCAGAGGCCGCAUCAACGGCCUGAUCUGCUCCGAUGCUUUGGCCCGUGGUAUCGAUGUGGCCGAUGUGGAUGUGGUGCUCUCCUACGAGACGCCGCGUCACAUCAAGACCUACAUCCAUCGUGUGGGUCGUACGGCUCGUGCCGGAAGAAAAGGCACAGCCGUCACAUUGCUCACGGAACAGGAGCAAGCGCAGUUCAAGAAGAUGCUCAACGAAGUGGGCAAGGCGCUGGGCGAGGAGAUCAGCGUUUCCGCAGACACUGAGGUCCGUCAUGCGGAUAUCUACAAGCUGGCAAUGGAGGAUCUGCGCAAGCGACAGGAGAAGGAAAAGACCAUAAAGAUUGUCCAGAAGCGCCGCGUGGCCCAGCAAACAGUGCUCCACAAAAAGCAAGAGGAAGCUGCCGUCAAUCCCAGUCGCCCUCUGACUUUGAUGCAAAAGCUACAGCUGAAGGCAGGAGGAGCACGACAUGUUGCGGAUGAACCCCACCAGAAGGAGAACAAAUCGAAACCUACAGCGCAAAAGGGGAAAGGAAAAUCAAAGCCCAAGGAGACCAAGAAGCAACGUUUGGCCAAGCAGCGAAAGGCCAUCGAGGAGUGA